AUGUCUCAUCAAGAAAUUAUUUCUUCUCACUUUAAAGGUGCCAAAGUCAAUUUAAUUGGCCAAGGAGCUUUCGGACAGGUUUAUUCAGUUCAAGAUCAUCAAAAUAAAAAGCUUGCUGUUAAAGUUGUAGACAAUAAAUAUGAAAAGGAAGGUUGGAGAGAAUUUAAUCAUCCAAAUCUAUUAAAAUACUUUACAGCUCGUCAUUUUCAUCUUGGUAAUUACUCCUAUUUGUGUUGUGAAUUUGUUGGUGAAAAUUUGCGCCAAUACAGAAAAAGAUUCAACACAAUUGAUGAGAGAGCAGUUUGGGAAUUGAUCAAACAGAUGCACAGUGCCUUGGAUAAAUUAAAAACACUGUUCCUAAUCCACAGAGAUGUAAAAUUGGAUAAUAUUCUAGUGAGAGAUGGACCAGGUUUCCAAUUAGUUCUAUGUGAUUUUGGUUUAGCAAAGAGUGAAUUGUCAACUUGUCAAGUCAGCACUGCAGGAACACGAGCUUUCAUGGCGCCAGAAUUACAACGUGAUCGUAAAAUUGGAUUUGAGCAGGCAAAAAAAGUUGAUAUUUAUUCAUUGGGAAGAACAGUUAUUCAUUUCGUUUUGGGUGAAGAAUUCUUGAAAUAUACAAAUGAAAGUGCCUCGUCUUUAUUGAGAAGGGUUGAAAAUUGUGGAAUUAAGAAUCGUAAGCUACUCGAUUUGAUUCAAGGAAUGAUUUUGGAAGAUCCCUUAAAAAGGUUCAGUAUUGAAGAAAUUGGAAUGUUAUUGGAAUUAAGGAAUUAUAGUCAAUCCGAUAGUACUACUAUUCAACAAUAUGUAAACAAUUCAAGGCCAACUCAAUCCAAUAGUACUACUAUUCAACAACAUUCAUCUAGUCAAUCAAGAAAGAAGACACCGAUCAAAGAUGUUCCAAAUCGAAAAAAUUGUGGAAUUACAAAACAAGUUUCAAACCGAAGGAAUGUGCCGCUACUGUUAUUAGCUGGUUGUUUGAUAGGUGGUACUUUUCUUGCUCUUGGGCAUGCUAGCAAGCAACACCAAAAUAAAGUUCGUUAA